GACAGUUGUACCAACUUAGCGGUAAAAAGAAUUUCGCUUUUUCAGCGGGCUUUUCAAAUUAUCACUUACCGGCAUGUGUUUGACUGAAUAAAUAAAAAUAAAUUAAUCCAAUAUUCGAAUCGAAUGACUCCAUAGCUUUACUUGAAAAAAGGAAUAAAAUUGCCGACUUUUUGUUUACUGUCAAUAGGUUAUCGACUUCUUGUAACCUACAAUAUUUUUGAAAACAAAUAUGUUCAUGAAUUUAAAAGCAGUAUCAAUUUGAUAUUACGGUACAUCGAAUUUCGAUCGAUAUUUUCUUUAAAAACCUUAAAAGUUAUCGAAUUAAUGUUAUAUUGAAAAUGUGUGGUAUAUUUUGUGUUUUUUCAGAAUCUAGUUUGAAUGUAACCGAUAAAUUGUCCAAAAUUUUCCAAGAGUUCAAUUUGAAUAUAUCUAGAAGGGGACCCAACCACAGUAGAAUUGAAAUAUGCAACAAUGAAGAUAAAAUAUUUCUUUUUGCAUCAAGUGUAUUGUGGCUUCAAGGGAAUAAACUCACGAAACAGCCCAUAAUCGAAAACGAUCAUAUCCUCCUUUAUAACGGUGAUAUAUUCAAUGAUGAAAAUGAAGAUAGAAGAAAUGUCACUGGUGAUACUAAGUUAUUUUUAGAAUAUUUCAAAAAUGAAGAAUCUCUAUGUUCACUUUUUACUGUAAAUGGUCCUUUUGCCUUCAUUUGUUUAGACAAAAACAAAUCUGUUUUGCAUUUCGGAAGAGACAAAUAUGGAAGACGGAGCCUUUUGUUGGGGAAAUCGAAGGAAGGCGACUUAAUUCUAACUAGCGUCGCUAAAAGAACAGCUAAUUACAAAUUUAUAGAACUACCUUCUUUAGGCUUGUUUUCUCUUGAUGUCAAAACUCAAAGCUUAACUCUCAAACCAUGGCACAGUCAAAAUAAUGAUUUAUUUCUGAAAAUCAAAGAGGUUGAAACAUUUUUAUGUCAAAAGAUCACCGUUGAAAAAGCUAUUUCUGAUUCACCAUUAUUCAGAAAUUUCACUCAACCAACAGAAAAAGAACUAUUAAUCUUUCAAUCUCUUGAUAAUUCUCUUAGAGGUACUGAUGUUCUCAGUUAUGCUUUUUCGUCUAAAAAAUUUUGUGAAGAUGUUCAAGAACUGAAAAAAAGAUUAGAAAAUUCUAUUAAAAGAAGGAUUACUGGGCAACCUCAAUUCUGUCAGGACUGUAUUAAAGAUCAAAUGAACUGUAAUCAUGCGAAUGUUGGGGUAUUAUUUUCUGGCGGUGUUGAUUGUGCUGUGAUAGCUUUGCUAGCACACAAAUUUGUUCCCAUGGAUAAGCCUAUAGAUUUGCUGAAUGUGGCUUUCUCUAAAUAUGAUUUCAAUACACCAGAUCGUACAACAGGGCUGCAGACUUUGAGAGAGUUAGAAAAGCUUUGUCCAGAAAGAAAAUGGAAAUUUGUGGAAAUAAAUGUAGUUGAUGAAGAAUUGAAUAAAGAGAGAGAAAUGAGAAUAGCUAAUUUAAUUUACCCGCUUAAUACUAUUUUAGAUGAUAGUUUGGGAUGCGCUCUUUGGUUUGCUAGUCGAGGAAAAAGUGAUGGAUAUACAUCUUCAUGUAGGAUUCUACUUGUUGGAACAGGUGCUGAUGAGCUUUUUGGGGGCUACAGUCGACACAGGUCCGUAUUCAAAAACCAGAGUUGGGAAGGUUUACAUAAUGUGCUGAGGACAGAUUGGGAAAAUUUGCCAUACAGAAACCUCGGGAGAGAUGACAGAGUGGUUUCUGAUAAUGGACGACAACUCAGAACCCCAUACUUAGAUGAGGAAGUUGCUCAGUUUGUACAAAGUUUGAACUGUUGGGAAAAAACAUUACCAGCGAAAGAUGAUAGUGGACCUAAAUUUCUCCUUCGAGGGUUAGCAUUUCAUUUACAAUUAAAAAAUGCAGCAGUUUUGAAGAAAAGAGCCCUUCAGUUUGGCUCUAGGAUCGCCAAUUCCAAGGAAAGCGCUCAUCACAUUUCUCCCAGAUUGUAAUUUUUUUUUUGUUAUGUUGUUUAUGUCAUUUUUUCAUUAAAAUUUUUUAUAAUA